AUGCUACGCAAACCAUUUGCAAAGCUCUCUGGUGGACUAGAGGCAGAGGACGAGAGCAGAAACUCGUCAGUGAGAAGUGGCGACUCACAGCAACCAUUGCUAGGAGGACCGAGCAAUAUGGGUGUAUCCAAGGCAAGGAAAGCACAGCAAGCACAAACAUGGGACACAGUGGCUCCCCAGAGCAAUGAAACCCGGGGCCAUAACAUCUGCGAAUUUUUAAACAAACCCUUCGGUACACCAGUCCUGGACCUAUUGUGGUACUCUGCUGAGGAGGCCAAGGAGUACUAUCACAGCCUUCCCGAAGACUGGGCAGAAGUAAGCAAGUGGUGGGCCAGAUCAUUGCCGGCGGGAGUUGGGACCGACAUCGUGGAUGAGGCUACGGUAAAGCCUGCUCAACCCCUGACUGAUGGCGGAAACAAGGCGCAGGGCUGGCUCGAUCCGAAUGUCCAGGCCUGGCACACAACACGAUGGAACGACCCAGAGUCUGCCGUUGAUGUAGCGACACGGAGACUGCGUGCAAAGCUAUCAUUGUCCACUCUGCGUGACGAGGAGAAGAGCGAGGCCGAUCUAUUGAGAGAGCCUUUGAAGCUGGCAAGAGCUGCAUCGAUGCAGAGGCUGUCGUUCGGGCGAGGCGCUGACAUCACACAUGCUGUCUGGGCGCUGGAACUCUAUCUUGGCAACGGCGUUCCAUCGACGGCGGUACCGGAUGCUCCGUCUUCCGACAUGAAGGCAAGUGCCGUCGGUGGCGCAGGCGAACAGCUGAAGGCGAAAGUAUCGUUCAAGAACAAUACAUACGCGAUGCGCUUCCCUCGGGAUAUAGGUCUGGUGGCGCUGAAGGACAGGUUGAAGCAGAAAUUGAGGAUUGGGAUCACCGAAAAAAUGACAGUGAGGUACGAGAAUCGGGGACGUGGUGACUUUCUGGUGGAGUUGGACAACGAUCAAGCGUUGGAUGCGGCGAUCAAUCAAUGUGAGGAGGCUCUCAGAAUCCACGUCGAGAGUGGUGGUCCGGGGUCUGCAACACCCACAGAAGACGAGGCUCUCCGCAUUGCCGAGCGCAUGGUUCAGAAGGUCGACAUAUUUCGCCGUCGCCAGCCAGAGGGGCUUGUCGCGGACGAAUACCUCACGGAAUCUGCCAAAGGAUCCAGGCUCGUUGAGAAUGCGGUCAGGACCGUCCGGGUCUGUAAGGGUCUCAGCAAGGUAAAGCCAGAGUCCAUCGACCCACGUCAUUGGGUCAAGAUUCGAGAUGCGGCUACAUCCGUGAGUACAGCGCUCCAGGCCAUGGAACAAGCUGCGUUGGAUGUCACCUUCGAGUUGGGUGACGUCGCGCCAGACAUCAAGAACAUGGGGUCCCGGGUUUUUCGCCAGCGCGAUGGAUUGGCACGCCCAACAGACGAUCAACUCAGGGGCUGGAAGAUCAAAGUCGAGUGA